AACCGCAGGCUCGGAGGAUAUUCCAGGAUAAAAAACGCAGCUGGGAUUCUAACAGAGAGGGGGAACAUUAACUCAAAAGACGGGCGCAUCUCUAUUUUAUACAUUAUUUUAAAUUUGCUUUUAUAUGACAUAGACGGGAGAUUCGCAGCCUUCCGUUUCUGAGAGUAUUUAUGUGUGUUUUUUAUCUUGUUGGAUCACAAUGAUGCAAAGUGCGGCUGUUCUACCGACCGAGAGUCCUGUCAAGGGUCUACCAGAGAUACUCGGAGUGCCAAUGCAACAAAUUCCCCAUUGCGCAGGCUGCAGUCAGCACAUCCUGGACAAGUUCAUACUGAAGGUGCUGGAUCGACACUGGCACUCCAAAUGUCUGAAGUGUGCCGACUGUCAGGCUCUGCUGGCCGACAAGUGUUUCUCGCGGGCGGGGAAUGUAUACUGCAAAGAGGAUUUCUUCAAACGCUUCGGGACGAAGUGUGCGUCGUGCCAACAGGGGAUCCCCCCGACGCAGGUGGUACGGAAGGCCCAGGACUUUGUGUAUCACCUGCACUGUUUCGCCUGUGUGAUGUGCAGCCGACAGCUGGCCACCGGGGAUGAGUUCUACCUCAUGGAGGAUGGCAGACUGGUGUGCAAGGAAGACUACGAGACCGCCAAACAGAACGACGAUUCAGAGGCAGGCGCUAAGCGACCGCGGACCACCAUCACGGCCAAGCAGCUGGAGACCCUGAAGAGCGCGUACAAGAACUCGCCCAAGCCCGCCCGCCACGUGCGCGAGCAGCUCUCCUCCGAGACGGGCCUGGACAUGAGGGUGGUGCAGGUCUGGUUCCAGAACCGGCGCGCCAAGGAGAAGCGCCUGAAGAAGGACGCCGGGCGGCACCGCUGGGGCCAGUUCUACAAGACGGUGAAGCGCAGCCGGGGGGGCAGCAAGACGGAGAAGGAGAGCUCGGCGGAGGACGGAGGCCUGAGCGACAGCGAGCUGAGCUUCAGGGAGGACCAGAUCCUGUCUGACCUGGGCCACAAUAACGGCCUGUACGGGAGCGUUGGCGACGUGGGGAACGGGAACCUGCUAAACGGGGGCUUCUCCCUGGAUGGCGCCGGCCAGCCUUACCAUGACUUGCGGGCGGGCAGUCCCUAUGGCCUCCCCCAGUCGCCGUCCUCCAUCGCCUCCCUGCCCGGCCACACCCCGCUGCUCAACAACCUGGGCUUCGCCAUGGACAGCAUCAUGGCGCAGGGCGGGCAGGGCGGGGUGGGCCAGGCUCUGAGGGCCAUGGCUGGGGGGCCCACCUCUGACCUCUCCACGGGGAGCAGCACGGGGUACCCUGACUUCCCCACCAGCCCCGCCUCCUGGCUGGAUGAGAUGGACCACUCCCAGUUCUAAGGCCUCCGAGUGGCGGUCCCACUGUACACAUAGUAGACAGAGGAAAGACAAACAGACAAAGUGAGCUUUUUACAUUUCUAUUUUACCAGAACUGAUGUUUUGUCUUCUGAGAAGGGGGAAAGGGGGGCAGGGUAUGGAGACCAUGCUUCAGCCACACCAGCCCCCUGAUAACAAACUGCAGAAGCCCACUGCUCCUGUCAUCACCACACCAAAAUGGUGGAAGUUAGGCUGGAGGUGGCCAGGAAGUGAUGUCACAGAAUGCAGGAGGUCACCGAAAGGUGCCAGAUAUACAGGCAGAUCUGGCAGGGGGGGCACCAGGGGAAUGAUGCCAUAAUUGUCGCUGUUUUACAUUUAUUUAUUGGUUUCUUUCUUGUUAAAACUGUAUUUAUACAGUUCCAGCAUGGAUUUGUGUGUGAAGGUGAUGGGUUAUCUUCAAACCCACAGGCAAGAAAAAACAUCCUUCAGAGCUAUUCGGACCACAGUUACAGUUGCACAGAAAAAGAAAAUUUGAGCUCUUCUGCAUGAUUCUGAAUGAUAACAAUUGCCGUUCAUGUCAAAGCCUUUUCAUUGGCAAUGCACUUUACACUUCUCUUCUGCACAUAGACAGUCAAAAUUGAAGAGAGAUGAAUGCACAAUGCAGACAGCAGCAGUUAAAUGUUUCAUUCUACGACCGCUGUUUCAGGAAGUUGCACUUAUCAACAACUGUUAUCCUGAAUGAAUCAACACAAAUGCAUAGGAGGUGAUUCGGUGAUUGUUUGUGGCUUGACACAUCUAAGCAGGUGUUCAUCCGUUUGUGCUACAUACACUGCAUUAUCUAUUCAUUUCUGUGAUCCCUGACCCCAUAAUUCCAACGGUCAAAGAAGGCAAAAAUUUCAUGGAUUUACUUUAAGAUUUAUAAAACACCAGGAGAGGAGGAGGCUUGAAUCAUGCACUCAGUUUGUCAGCUGUGACUUACAGUAUAUGAAAGGUCUUUAAACAUUGACAACUGGAAACGAGGGGUAAUGCAGACAUCGAUGUCUUGAGAACGUCUGACACCAAGCUGUUCUCUGAAGCCUGGCUGGGUUCGGGUGUUGGCUUUUGGGACAGUCUUAUUUUGAACCAGAGGCACAGUUGUGGCUGGCCCGCAACAGA